GGUGCGAAUUUUUUUUGCGAUUGGGAGUUAUCUGAUAUUUCUUUGUUGUUUUUAUUUAAUUCCGUGGUACGAUUAAUUAAUUUCGAAAACCGUGAAAUGGAAACCGAUGCGCACAUGAUGUCACAACAGUAUGCACAAGCUCCUCAGCCGACACAAAUACAACACCCGCCAGCUCCUCAACCAACCAGAGAAAUGCAACAAACCAGUGCACCGACGUCAGCUGAUGCCUGUUUGAGUAUAGUACACAGUUUGAUGUGCCAUCGACAGGGAUGGGAAAGCGAAGGAUUUGCCAAACGAGCUAUUGAAUCACUAGUUAAAAAGUUAAAGGAAAAAAGGGAUGAAUUAGAUAGUCUUAUUCUGGCUAUAACCACAAAUGGUUCACAUCCGAGUAAAUGUGUUACAAUUCAAAGAACAUUAGAUGGACGGUUACAGGUAGCUGGACGUAAAGGUUUUCCGCAUGUAAUAUACGCAAGAAUCUGGCGAUGGCCAGAUUUACAUAAGAAUGAACUCAAACACUUAAAGUACUGCCAAUAUGCUUUUGACUUAAAAUGUGAUAAUGUGUGUGUUAAUCCAUAUCAUUAUGAACGAGUUGUAUCACCAGGCAUAGAUUUAAGUGGUCUAACAUUACAAAGUGGUACAUCUACUAAUGGUUCUGGCCGAAUAAUUGGCCUAAGAGAUGAGUAUACAGCUGGUGGGGGAGGAAUGUCUCCCUCGCCACCUGGUUCUAGUCAAGUUAGUAGUUCUAAUAUGGACAGUGAUGUAUCUGGAAAUAGCCCGGCUGUGACUGUACAACAUCACUUACCUCCUUUAUAUCAUCAACAAAAUCCAGCCACUGAUGUAUCUCAACAAUCAACUGUCCCUCAAGCUGCUGGAGAUAUUGGUAUGUUUCGGCCUACAUUACAGCAGCCACAACGUCCUAGUCAUCAAAUUGGUAUUAAUUCUCAAGUACAGGUUAAGACUGAACCGUGUAACAAUUGGAUGCCUGGUACUCCAUCACAUAUACCCCCCAAUACAGCUGCCGUCGCAGGACACCUAGCAGGACCACAUAGUGUGGGAGGUAUUGCUCCAGCUAUAAGCUUGAGUGCUGCUGCAGGUAUUGGAGUAGACGAUUUAAGAAGAUUGUGCAUAUUAAGAUUAAGUUUUGUAAAAGGUUGGGGUCCCGACUAUCGACGAAGUAGCAUUAAAGAGACUCCAUGCUGGAUAGAAGUUCAUUUACACCGAGCAUUACAACUUUUGGAUGAAGUGUUACACUCAAUGCAAAUAGAUGGUCCAUCAAGAGCUUGACUUAACCAGAAACUCAAAUUGUUCAAACGUAGUAACUAAUAAGUUAUGUUAAGAAAAAAUGGUUACAUGUUUGGUAAAACUACAUUAAUUUUUCAUGUCUUAGUGUUUAUCAAACAUAACAAUAUGUUUUAUUACUAAGGGCCUUGGUAAAAAUUGUUUAGUUUUUCCUGUAUACAUUUAUUUUGUUUUUAAAUUUAACACAAUAACUGUUAAUAAUCAAACAAAUCCUAAAUUUUUUUAAAUUAUUCAAAUAUUUAAGGUUAAAUUUAACAUCUAUCUUAAGUUUAAAGGAACAGGUUUCCAUUAUUAUGAGUUACUGACUAUAUAUUUAUUUACCUACUACAUGAUUUUGAGCCAUUGUUUUAUUUUUAUUUAUUUUAUUUCACUAAAAAGCAAGUAUAUAGAUAUUUUAUACUUGUAUUUAAAUACUCAAUCCUAUGUUGCUUGUUWCAUUUAUAGAAACCAGUAUUUAUGACUUAAAAAGUUAAAUAUAUUUAAAAAGAAAGUCAUUUUUAGAUUUAUUAUUUGAAAAUAUUUCUUAACCCC